UCAGAAUCCAAUUUCAUCUAGCUAGAUCAGAAAAAAAUAUAUUUGUUUCUUUUAGUCACCCCUUCUUAAGGACCCUGAAGACAAAUCAGGAUUCAAUAAUGAAAUGUUACAACCGAUAACCAAUAGCUUACUUUAAUGUUCUCCCAAACACUUUGCAUUUUAUAUUUAAUUGGCAAGAAUGGUUAGCAGAACCGUUAAUGUGACACUAUAUACACCUAGAUGCCCACAUGUAGAUAUACUGUGACUGAGAACUUACUAAGCAUGGACACGGUAAUACGUACAUUUGAACACUGCAAAUACAUUAUUAAAUAUAACUUAAGGCACACACAGAUACCUUAUUUAUUCCUGGCAUCCCCGCCUCCCCUUUGGGGAAAAUGGCUGUAGGGCAAUAGUGCAGCACAUCCUUUGCAUGCAAAAGACCUCACGUUCAAUUGCUGGCAUCUCCAGGAAGGGCUGGGAAAGACCCAUCUAAAACCAGUGAUUUGCUUCUAGUCAGUAAGUAGCCUGGUUCAUACAUAGCACCAAGCCAGGGAUGAGAGCCCUUUUUAAGCUCAGUGGGUCAGAUCUUUAUCUUCUAUCCAGCCCGUGGGCCAAUUCUGAUAGGUGGUCAGUACCACCCACCUAUCAAUCAUCAGGUGUCAUAAUAUCAGCUGAUCGAUAGGUGGGUCACCCUGCCUAGUUGUCAAACUUGGCCUACGAGGGUGGGGUGGGAAGUCACCAUGAUAGUUAUGGGGAAGACAGGCCAUGUCUUUACAUUCCCCAAACCUGAUGUCACAUAUGAUGUCAGGUGUGGGGCAGUUGGGUGUGGUAUCGCAAUCACAGCCUCACUGGCCAUAUAGGGAGGCAAGGUGGGCCAAAUUUGGCCUGUGGACCAUUAGUUCCCUGCCCUUACUAUGGUUUAUUUAGCAGACGAACCAUUGUUUUCUGGCAACAAACCAACCAUAUUUUUUUGGGGGGGGACUGUGGGUUUUUUUGCUUAUCUGUUAGACAACUUGUGGUUUGCUGAACAAACCAUGGCUUAGUAUUAUGUGCAAAACACAGCAAUACUGAGCUUGGUGGCCCAACAGCCCAAACUACAGCAAGGCAGCUUCAUAAAUUUCUAUAUAAAAUUUGUGAGGAGACUGGAAGCCAAGUAACACUCUUUGUUCUUAUGCCGUCUUCACCCAAUACUUGUUUAACAGGAGGGGAGGAGCAGAGGGGCCCUCAACUCUUAGUUUUGGUGUCUGCAUUCAAGCCAAAGCUCUGUCCUUUUGCUUCAGAUUUGGCUUUAAAAACAAGCAAAGAGUCUGGACGGGAAACCGUUUUUUCAAGCCAAUCGCCACACUCCUCCAUGGGUAACAUUGGUAGUUGGGGCUGGAGGUAAAAGCAGGCAGAGCAACAGAGGGGACAUUUUUUUCUGUUUUUAUUUAUUUUCAUGGUACAGAAGAUAAAUUUUGAGAAAAACAAGUAUUACAACCGCAGACUGCUUUGCACAGCUGUUCAAAAAACAGAGUUUUCUACAGCCCCCUCAAACAUCUCUGCAUCCUCCAUCCCUCCAAGCAAACAGCAUUAUGACACUUCAGGGAUGUGGUCCAGCCAGGUCAAAGGACUUGAUAUGUCCUGAAGAGCUACAUUCAGCUGCUGGGCCUGAGAUUUUCCUACCCCAAGCCAGUCUAAAAUAAUAGAUGUGAUAGGGGUGGGGUUUGAAAAGACAGAUGGAAAGGAGAUCUGAUUUGCCUUGUGUCACAAGGCUUCCCCAUCCCUGCUAUAUAACAUGUACAUUUGAGAGGGGAAACCAAGCUAAUUAAUAGGACAGCUAGAGACAAGAACAUAAUUGAACUGUAGUUAAGAUAUGAAAUUGUAUAUCACAAUGACUUGGGCUGCAAUCCUCAGCAUGCUUAUUAGUAAACAAGCCCUACUAAGUACUGUAGGACUUACUUCUGAGUAAAGAUGCACAGGACUGUUAGAUUAUUAUCAGAGAGUGUUACUUUGGGGUAGUGCUUAAAAGGAAUUGUAGAAUUGUAGAGUUCUGUUUAUCUGUUCUCUUUACUAAUUAAUUUAGAUCAAUAUGUAUAUAUAAAGUAAUAUUUUAUAUAAAAAUAGAAUUGUACAUGGACUGAUGUAUACCAGCUGAGAGAAAGCAUGCCAUAAACUAAGGCUGUGGCUUAGUUCCAACCCCACCCCCCAAGUGAUAACCUCCAGUGUAGAUUCUUAUUCCUACAUAUAUCUGCUGGCUAAGCUUGCAUCUGCUACUGGGGAUUUGUUUUUUCAAAACUCAUUAUGGAUAGCAAAAACAUCUACAAAUGCCUAAGACCACCUCCUACGUAUUUUUCAGGAGCUACUAGAAAUGUCUCCACCCAUACUCUCUCAUUCACAGACACAGUGCAUAUUCAUGCUGGUUUGCCCUUUAAAAUAUAUCCACAUGCGUGGAUAUUACCAGAUGCCCACAACUCCUGCAUAAAUGGAUGCUCAACCUUAAAGGAGAAGAUACCACACCCCACAUUUCACACACAGAGCGAGGGGGGCCACAAAAUGAAGAGCAGGGUUAUAAGAUCCUUGGUUCUCUCUCUCUCUUUCCUUCCCUAUAAAAAGGGAAAGGGUGGGCUACAGGCUUUUGCUUCUGUUUUAUCAAGCAUUUGAAAAAAGUGUCUACCCAUUACAAAAUCCAUGUAAAACAAAAAACACUCCCUUUCCAACUCCUUUCUCCACCCUACCAGCAGUUCCAUACCCCUGCUACACGUUUUCUUUCCUAAGGCAUCUCAAAGCCCAUCAAGAGAAGCUAUGCCUUUAGUUUAUCCCAGAAAUCUCCGUUCUCGAAGCUCAGAACUGCCCUUUUACACAUCCGGAGAGGUGAAGCCAAAGAAGGAACAGCCCUGAUUCUGCUCUCUCUGUAUACAUAGGUCCAGGGCAUUCAAAAAAACCCCUCCCUUUACACAUUCUCUUGUAUACUGGAGCCGACGCCCCCGCCUGUCAUUCUCCGCAACAGACCCCAAACACACAUCCACCGCCAGCCCUGAGUAUUUAUGAAGCACCUAUAGCAACAUGAGCAAUAUAAUUACAUAUAGAAUGCAACGGACAAUGUUAAUAUUCGUGACAUACACAAGCACAUUUGCUAACUAUACACGAGAGGUGGAGACACUUGGGGCAAUUCAUACCACAUAGACAUUUGCCACUCCAACUGCCUUCGUUGCAAAUAAUGGGAAACUUUCUAACUAAGUUGAGGGGAAUCGGUGCCAUUCUGCAGGCACACCCGAGGCGAGGCCCGAGUCAAGCUGCUGCAAUUCAAACCUGCCCGCCCGGCCCGCCUGCAGUCCCGCAAGUCCCAGACGGUUCCCUGGAGGUGUGUGAGAAAGUCCCUCUGUGCAUGGCCAGAGGUGCUUUUUCUUUCUUUCUUUUCCUUUUUUUCUCCACCCCGACGUCGCAGAGCCGCGCUCCGUCCUUCCAAAGAGGCCCCGGAGCCUGGCGUUGCCCCGGACGGGCGUUGGGCAGCCGAUCGCCGCCCGCCGUGCUCCUUUACUCACCCUCCUGCAGGACGAGCGUGGGCUGCACGGGCCGCACGCGGAACUGGCGGGCGCUCCAGCCCGGGCUGGGCUGGCGCACGACCUCGCUGUCCGAGAGCCAAGUGACGGUCUCGUAGUUGUCGCCGCGGCGCAGCGCUCGGGCCUCGGCGCUGUGCACGGCCACCUCGUCGAACUGGUGCAGCCCGCCGGCGUGGUCGAAGUGCACAUGGGUGGCCACGGCUAGCAGCGGCCUGGGGCGCCCGGCGGCGCCCUCGGGAGGGAGAAGCGCCUUCUCGUCGCCCUCGGCGCCCAGCAGCCCGGCCAAGCGCAGGUAGUCGGGGAGGCUGCGCAGCCCCAGGCCGGUGUCGAUCACCACGUCCCGCUGCGAGCCGCGCACCAGCCAGAUGUUGGCCCGGUUGCCCGACUCGUAGAAGCGCUCCUGGAUCCAGUAGAUGCCUCCGCCCAGGGACUUGUGCGCGAACCACUCCAGCGCCGACAUCGCCGCCGCCGACGCAGCAGCCCCGACCUGCCGGGCCGCCUGCAGCGCCUCUCGCGCUGCGAGCCGAGCGCGGAGCUGGGGCGGAGCCCGAGGAGGAGGCGGGGACGGAGGCGCCUGAGCGGGACGUGCUCGGGCGAGCGAGCCAGCGAGCGAGAGGUCUCCGCCCCGUCCCUGCCCACUGCGGUAGCCCGACGCCGGGCACGCGAGCAGGCGGGCCGGGGAUGGCGCGCUGGGCGAGGCGAGGCUGCAGGAGGAGCGGCCUGGCAGGGCCGGAGCGGAGAGGCGUGAGGCUGCGAGAAGGCGGCUGCAACUGGGCUUUGAAGAUGCAGUGCGAUGAUGGUGCUUGACGUGCUGCUGAAUAAGAGGCACGGCUCUCCCGAUGCUUCCCCCUUUAAAAUAUUUCGUGAGAGUCGAAGGAGGGUCGUUUGCUCGCGGCAGCUUCGUUUGGGGCUAUCUCGUGCAGUUCCAAGCGCGCACCCUGGGGAAGUGAGUCCCAAUCCCAUAUGCUCCAGCUGCCCCUAUUCAUUUUUGUUUUGUCUGUUCCUCCUAAUGCACUGACACUCUUAUGAUAAAAAAAUGUUUCGUGAGGUAGCUCAAUCGGUUGGGCGUGAGACUCAUCAUCUCAGGGUCUUGGGUUCCAGCUGUUGGGCAAGAGAUUCCUGCCUUGCUGGGGGUUGGACUAGAUGACCCUGAGGAGACUUUUCCAACUCUAUGAUUGUAGAAGGAAGGGGAAAGGGGCAACUGCAUCUUGGCCCUAGCUGGGAUUGAGGGGAGUUGUAGUCUGAAACCUAUGGAGAACCUAUGGUUGAGGAAGGCUGCUCCAGUGUCUGGUCCUGUAAAGCCAGUGUGUGGUUUCUCUAUCCCACCACCAACAGCAAAUGUUGCUGUACUGAAUUGCAGAUAGGCGCAUUGUGAGAUGAAGCAUUCUUAAGGAUGGCUUUGUGAUCAGUUUAGUAUACAACAGGCAGAGAUAAGGUUUCAUCAGUGCAUAAGGUGGGGAGAGUGAAAGGAGCAUCAAGAGUCUCAUUUUUUAUCUGUGACACCUCAUCUGGAGAUAUGAAGCUGGAUAGUGGGAUUUUUAUUUCUGAGUACAUGUGUAUUCCAUGUACCUUGAUUCCAUGCAUGUUUAUUUAAAGCAAAAUCAGUUUGGUUCAAUGGGACAUGGAGUGCUUCCCCAUUAGGCAUUUAGCCCUGCUUCAUUCACUCGUUUCUUACUGGGCAUGCACAUGACACUGUCCAAUCAUCGCCUCUUUAUCUGUCUUUUUUCCCACAGCAGGAAGACCAGCCACAACCCUGGAAAAAGGUUGCACUCCUCAAAAGUGCUGGUGAGGGGUAAAACUCUGCCCCAUUUCCCAGCAAGGACCAUAUUUCCUUGAGGGUCAUUUGCAGGAAACCUGCUUUCGUGCUUCCCCAUUAGCCAUUUUGCCAGAUGCUUCUGCUCCAUGUGCAUCAAUGGAAAUGGGAGGCAUUGGCUUGCACUGGGGGAAGGGGCUGCAUUCCUGAAAAUGACUGGGCAGGGGAAGAAAACUGCUGUUCCUGCCAAGAUUCCUUGGGGUACCAAGGAUAAGCAGUGCCAGCAAACCUUCUUUUGGCUGGGCCACAUUGUUACGUGUCCUUUACCUGAUGUCCAGGGCCUCUUACCCAUAGGCGCUAGGGGUACGGAGCAGCCGGGCGCCGGGCUUUCAGGGGCAGCGGGCUGAAAGUCCAGGGCCUGAGAGUUGAGUCCGAGGAAAAGCCCGCCCGUUGGUCAGAGCGCCGUGGCGGGCUCUAUUGCUGCAGGCAGCUCUGCACCUCGAGUUCGGGGCCAACCGAGCCAGCGAGACACUGAAGUAGCUGGCUGGCUCCGCCUUCCUGGAUGCCUGGGACUGGGCAACCUGGGGGGCGCCGGGCGGGUCUUUGCACCUCAGCACCGCAUAUGCUUAAGACAGCUCUGCUGAUGUCAUAUGGCAGCUGGGUGUGGCUUUGCCAAAUGGCCCUGUCAGCUGUACAGCAAGGCCUAAUUAACCCCACCGACUGCAGGUUCUGCACUUGGUUUGUGCUUUUUUAUUAAUACGACUGGCAUGAUAAUUAAUAGCAAAAGUGGAUUAUGUGUUUCUUCAAGUUACUUCUUGUGGUGGCUAUUUGUUUUUAAAAAGAAAAUUCAUAUUUUCUGUGUAUACUCUGCAGAACAAGAAUAAAUAUUAAAUGCAAGGUAUUCUUUUCAGGAAUUUGAUAUGGCCAGGUCAGGCCGAGGAAGAGGGCGUGCUGCCUUGACCUUUGACAUUGCAGCAAUUGGCUUUGUUAAAGGUGAAGCGCUACCUGAAGCAGUAUUUGGGCCUUCUCCGCUAUAUCCUGUAAGUAUCUAGCAAGCAGCCAGAAUUUCAAACCACAAGUUGCCGUUGGGGUGAAGUGUUGCACUUGCAUGCCAGAUAAAAAGAGCAAGAAAAUGCCAAGUCCGUAGUUAAUCCUAUUGCUGGUAGACUAAUAUUGGAAAACAAUAGGCCAAGCCUUUAGGCUUAAACUUAGUGAAGGUGAUGCUAGACAAGAACACAGGAAGCUGUUUUAUACUGAGUCAGGCCAUUAGUCCAUCUGGUUCAGUACUGUCCACAUUGACUGGUAGUGGCUCUCCAGGUGCUGGCGUAUUUGUGUGUGUGUGUUGACUGAAUUAUUUCUCUUAGAUUACCAAACCAGCGUGCACUUGGGCUUCUGGUAUAAAAAGUGCCCAGGGUUUUUAGCUGCUGUUCUUUGACAGUAAUUAAAGAUGUCACAGCACUUUGUGUUCUGUACCCUCCGGUACUCCUGUCAUUGCUGGAGAAGCAUUUUAUGAAGAUUCCUAUGAAAUAAAAAAAGGUUAUGUGAGUUCUUUUGAGAGAGAGGGAGAGAGAGAGAGAGAACAGUAUAAAACUCUAUUUUGCAGUUGGAGUAAUGACGUUGGAAGGCACUUACACUUGCACAAGGAGGGGCAACUGAUCCUUGCCAAUCUCUCUGACUCAUUGCAGCCCCUACCACUCCCCCCCCAAAAAAGUUGCUUUCUUGCAGUUGGAAGCCCCUCUGGAACAAGACAGGAUAUGAUGCAAUGGCUGUAAUAUGUAGCAGGGAUUGGAUGAAGAAGAGAGUGUUUCACCUUACACAAGCAAAAGUGCUUUCCACUAGUACAAAGCUACCAAUUAAAUACAACCCAAUAUGUGUGAUUUUCAUAGACAACAGAUUACAAACCAAUACCACUGAAAACGGGAGAGGAUGCGGAUUACCUUUUGGCUUUAAAACAAGAGCUCAGAGGGGCAAUGAAAAGGAUGCCGUAUUUUAUGACCAAAAAGAAUGAAAGUGAAGGUUAGUUUGCAAUAUUGUUUUAUUCUGGAAAGUAUUGCGCAUGCAAAUUUUUCUGUAAUAGAAUUAAUCCUGUGUAACUAAGGGUGCAAUCAGUAAUUUCUUGAAGAACAAUGUUAAGGUGCCAUUGAAUCUGUACCCCUCCGAUCUGGACAUUUUCUAACCCGUCUUCUAGUUCUGUUUGUGAUGUGAUCCAAAUCCUUCAAACGAAGGUGGUUAUCCCCAUAAAAUCCCCAAGAUUUUUCUUGAGAGCCUUAUACAAAAUAAACGCACAAAUAUGUUAUCGUGAGCAAAGCAGAAGAGGGAUUCCCUCCCCCCCCCCCGAAAAUAGUCCUUUGUGCAUUUUAACUAAAUAUAGAUUGUGGUUCUGCAUUGGCUUUGUCUGAAUUUAUAGUAUGUAUAUUUGACAACUCUAGGUUUUUGUCUUCAGGUUUUGUACCUGUUGAAAGAUACAGCAAAAAAUACCUGCAGAUGAAUGAAAAGGACCUAGAAUGGACCCCAGGUAAGGAAACGUAAAUUCCAGUUAAUUUUGGCAUAGAAUUUUCCAUUGUUUUCCAGUAUUUAGAUGUAGAACCCAUUUCAUGGUUGGUUGGUUGGUUGGUUGGUUGGUUCAUUGUUUGUUUUAGGUUCCUCUGUGCUAUUCAGCUAGUAAAAAAUGUAAACCUAAAUAAAUACAUCUCACCCAGAGCUGAGUGGUAUUCUUUUAAAAGUGCAUUUACACCUAGAAUUCUUUUCCACUUCAACCAACCACAAAUACUCAUUCAGAGCUGAUAGACUCAUUCCCAUAUUUUCACAUCUUCCCAGAGAAAGGACUGCUUCCCAGAGGUCCCUCAGGAGUACAAUACAAUCCUUUGUCACACUUAUUUGAAAGAUGGAGGGCCUGUAAUUGUGGUGAGGCCGAGUUUGUCUAGAGCAGGGCUAGUGAACUUGUGGGACUCAGUCAGCAUGGGCAGUGGUCAUGGAUAAAGGAAGUUUUUGUUAAGCACCAGUCAGAGAGGCACAAGUUUCCUCCUCCCUGGUCUAGUAUAUGUUGACUCCCCUGAGUCAUUUCGGGUCUUCUCAGUCAAAAUGUGCAUCUUGAGCUAGGUACAAAAUACUGAGGGCCAUAUUUCUCAGUAAAUACCUCACAUAUCAAACUUCUGCCAUUCCCUUUUCUCAGCAUUGCCAGUUCUCAAGUAAUAAUACUAUCCACAUUCAAACAGAAGCUUGAUAGCUGGAACUGAGACACCAGUCGCCAUCUUGGGCCUCAGUUUGUAAGGCUGCGAUCGAAGGGCGCAUGGCUGUUGCGGUUGUCUCACGCCACCCUGCCACCCUCAAACUGCUUUACGAUGCUGGGAUCUGAUCUGAAAUGAUUCACCCAGCAAAUCAUUCAAAUCCGAUCCCAUCCUUGCAAAGCGGCACAGGGCUGGAACGAUGGCAUGAGCAGGAUCCCCCAGAAAAAUGUGCCUGGGGCCGUUCCCUCCACGCUACGCCCCUGAAUUGUUGGACUACAGUCCCCAUGAUCUCCACUGGCAAGCGCCAGGAUGGGAAAGUCUUGCUACUGUUCUGAAUAAAAUGUCUUUGGUCAUAGAAAUACCUUUAACGUGAAGGAGCAUAAACUAUUAAAAAUAACUAAAACUUGAAUAUAUCUGUUGUGAAGACUGGAGAAGACUCCCAAGAGAGCUGAAACCAAAGAAGAAGACUGAAAAAGGUAACAUGUAUAUUAAGUAAUAUUAAGUAACAUGCCUCUUAGGAGUAAAAAUAUUUUCUUGGACUGUUGACCAACAAUAUUGUUCAGUAUGCCUUAUUUUGUGCUAUAAUUGUAAUGAGAAAGGGGUGAUUGGUUGUUGGAUCAUAGAAAAGAGAAGAGAAUACUUUAAAACACACACAACCGAAACCUUAAAAUAACAGGCAUUUGCUUUUGCAAGGGAUUGAUCUGGUAAUCCUGAAAUUUACAAGCAUUUGACAAAAGUUGCCACUGUCAGGUAAGUUACACUGUUAUUUUCUCUCCCUCUCUCUCUCUCUCUCUCUCUGUCUCCCCCCCUCUCUCUCUCUCUCUGUGUGUGUGUGUGUGUGUGUGUGUCAUUAACACCUCCUUCCCAAUUCUAACACAAAUGAAGUUACUCCUGGGAUUUCCACAGGAGAACUUGGUUCUUGGUAUAGUAAAUUCUUCCUGAUUCAUUCUUUGCAAACAGGGAGCUUUUUCACUUCCAUAAUGAGUAAAGUUUGUUAUAACUGCGUUUGAAGAGUAUUAAGGUAAGAGGAUUUUUCUUCAGCAGGUGGAAAACCAAAGAAAGCAAAAACUGCAACGCCAAAAGCUAAUGUGGAUGUUUUGAAAAAGAUAGAGGUAGAGUUUACUCUGCUUUACCUUCUUAGGUUUUAUUAUUUAGCAGUAGUCACUAUUGCUUGUAUGUCUCCACUGUGAACAGUGAUGUAAAAAGUAGAUUAGGCUCUAUAAAACUCAUUGGGCUGGGGGGAAUGACAAACUUGUGCAUAAUUUAGGGCACCUUUGCAUAACUGCAAGGAGUUCUUGUUUGCCUUAACUGAUGGUUGCCUUGAGCAAUUUUAUGCUAUGUGACAGAAUGGCAAAUAAAAAACAACCACCAACUAGCAUGUUCAAAUAUUAAAAAAUAUUUUUUUUAAAGAUUUGAACACAAACCAUUGUGUUGAAGCCAGCCAAUUGAAAUCAUGGCUUCAGUAUUUUAAGCACUAUUGAUUUCAGUGGGUCUACCCUAAGUUUGACUAAGCCACUUUCUCUUAUCUAAAUUGUAAGGUUUCUGGAUUUUCCACUGGGUGUGCUUCCUCGUAAUUCAUAUUUUUUUCCUGAUCCUUGAGUAAGGGACUUUGGAAAGGGAUACCACAAAUCUGUUAAGGAUUAUUCAUUCCCCAUUUGGAAAAUAAGUAGCAUGUGAUGAGAUGAAAUUAAAUCACAGUUAUGUCCAAGAAUUAUGUCAUAAUCAUGCUAUUUCUAAAAUCCUUUUGAACUCCUUGAGUUCUUUGCUUAGUUCACCUAUCCGUUCAUUAUUUGACCAGCAAGAAUAAAAAAAAAACUUAGCUGGAAGUUCAGAUGAUGUGACAGACAUCUUGCUAACCUUUCCCAGGAGCUAGAAAAGAAAGGAGACGAAGAAAAGUCAGAUGAGGAAGAAAAAGAUAAAGAGGAAGAGGAGGAGGGAGAGCCAGAGGAGUAUGAGGAAGAAGAGCACGAAGAGGUAUUGGUUUUCUUAACAAAUAAAAUUAUGUAGAGACCAAGAUGGUGGCAAUAAUUAUUUUCUUGACAUUAUACAUGAUUGGGGCAAGUACAAUAAACUUGGUGUACCUGUGGCUCUUUGAACGCUGCUGAACCACAGCUCCCAUCAUUUCUUGGCCAUUGUGCAUGCUGCUUGGGGCUGAUGGGUAUUGGAGUACAGUAACAUCUGAAGGGCUGCAGAUUCCCCAUCGUAAGUAGUAUGGUGUUUCCAUAAGAUGUUUCCAUUCCUCGCACCUUAUGUUACAGUUAACAAUAAUAUGUAUUUUCAUUGCAGAACCAAAUGAAAGAACCAUAUCAAUCUGUAUCUUGUUUACUUUUUAAAGCAGCUUUCUUCCAUUUUCUACUGUAUAUUGUAUUGUCAACAGAAGGAUUGGGGGGGGUUGCUUUUCGUGUCACUUCUGAUAAUGCUUUAUGGCCGUAGUCUUAACCACACUUAAUUGAAAGUACAUUACAUUGAAAUCAAUUGGCUACCAAGGAAAAUUCAUUUAGGAAUGGAGGGCAUGGAUGUAAAAAGUGACUGAAAAACAUUUAAAUUAGAUGUGUUGUUAACACAAGCAUUUAUAUUUAUAAUCACUUUGCCUUCAACUACUAGCACAUGUUUCACUGGGAUCUAUAUUUAUUUGCUGCAUGUGUAAUAUUGAUUUCUGCCAGUUACAUAAGGUUUGAUAUAAACACAAGGAAGUAUCUGCGACUGUACUUCUUGCACGUAGCAAUUUACAGUAUCUACUAUUAUUUCCUUUAGGAGAACGACUAUAUUGCUUCCUAUUUUGAAGAUGGAGAUGACUAUGGAGCAGGCAGUGAUGAUGACAUGGAUGAAGCAACUUACUGAAAUUGUUUUGAGUAGCUGGGAAAUACAGCUGGAAAGUCUGAACACGCACUUGAGUUACCUCUAGUUAUGAAAUAAUGUAAUUUCAGAGGAUUAACCAUGAUGAUUAACUCUCAUUUUGCUGCAAUAUGGGAGUAUGUUGACUCAAUAUUCGAAGCAGCUAUAUAUUCACUUCCAAUUGAUGGAAUGGUAGAUUGUGUUGGCGGCAUGCUAAAGCACUCAGAUGUGUCCUAUAUAGACCAUGCUUUGUUAUCCUGAACUAAUUUGCAGAAAUGUUAUGUGCCUGACAACAUAACACUGAGCUAGCCUGUGCAGAGUACCAUAUCACUUUGCACUGCUUAUGAAACUAUGUUGUGGGGAAGGAAGAGAAAUGUGUGCACUGAAGUAUAAAAAUCUAGCCUUUAAAUAAUAAAAACUGUUUACUGAAAACAGGAUCUGGU